UCUUCUCUUCCGUACCCUCAAUUGCAGGAGUAGGGUCAACACUGGCAGCGGAUAAGGAUGACAUCUUCGGGCUGAAAACGUCGCUACUGUUGAAGGUCUUCCAGGAAGGUGAUAACAUUGUCCACCAGCACGCACCUGGAGACCACAUGUUCUUUGAGCAAGGCCAGCUGCUGAUGGAGGCAAAGUCCUUCCAGAAGGAGUUGUGUGACAGAGACCACUUUGAAGAGAUCUGCCUCCCGACCAGAAACAAGCGUGUGAUCACCGUGAAAGCUCUGACUCUGACAGCUGUUCUCCACAAACAGCUCUGAGCAGGUUCCGCAGGCUUUCCCAGGGGCAGAUCUGGAGAGAUUGGCCAAGCAGGACAUGAGGAUUGACAAAACCUCUGGGAGCUUCCGCUUAGGACCACCUUUAUCCCUGCUGUGUGUACGUGUUACACAUGCCUUGGACAUUUAAAAGUGAGGUUUGUACUUCUACAACGUGUUUACAGAGUGCAGCAUGCAACAAAGUGGCUCCAAACCGAAGGAUACAGCAGAACAUAAAACUGACUGAAUGAGGCUGUGCACGAGACAAACCAUUAAUCAUUAGUUUUACAGUAACCCACUUUCAGAUUAAGAUUUCUCAGCAGUAAAUAAAAAAAAUGGAUGUACAAUUGUAUACAAUGUGCAUUGCUUGCAUUUUCUAUUUCCCCAGUGUGUCACCUUACUUUGUUACCUAACAUUGUAACAAGCAAAGCAGCUUCUCCAACCUGACGGAUAUAAAUGUUGUUUGCUGUGGGUGCUUUAUAUCCUCAGUGGGCCUUUUGAAAAAGAUUUUCAAGGGCUUUUCUCCUUCUGUCAUUACCAAGCUUGAUUGUAACAAGCAAAGCAGCUUCUCCAACCUGACGGAUAUAAAUGUUGUUUGCUGUGGGUGCUUUAUAUCCUCAGUGGGCCUUUUGAAAAAAAAAUUCAAGGGCUUUUCUCCUUCUGUCAUUACCAAGCUUGAUUUCUGACACACAAGCAUGUGCCCUGAUACUCAUUAAGCAUUAACUCUGAGCUUAGCAUAAUAAAGUAACACAUUAACCAGGCAGUCCAAAAGAUUGCAUCCUGGUAAUAAAUGAUUUGAUUACAUAAUUAAAUAAAUGACAAAUAACAUCUGUUUAAUUACAUAAAUAUAAAUUAUGUAAACUUACACCUGACUUCUUAUAAAGUAUUUAAAAUAAUUAGAAAUGAAAAUAUUUUUAUGUCAGCUUCUCUUGGUAAAUACGUAAUACAUGCACACGUUUGUGGCGUUGUAUACCUUUCCUUCUUUAUUUCCAUGAUCAGAUUACACUUUUUAUUAUCUACUGCUCAAGAUGACCUGGCCUGUAUUGAACCUUUUAACUGUAUACUGUAUACAGUAACUGUAUCUGUCUGACAGAUCUGUAGUUCAAAUUACGGUAAUUGUGAUACUCAAAACCCCCCUAUUGUGUUCAGUAUUAAUGUGAGACAGCCAUACCCCUUUGACUAGGCUUGAUUCAUGUGUGGAUGAGACCGAGAUGCUGAAUAGUUGAUGAGCCGGGGGAGAGAGAAAAAAAUAGAGAGAGAGAGAGAGGAGGGAGGGGACAAAAUAGAAAGAGGGAUAGAGCGGAAAGUCUGCUUCUCAUUUUCCUCCCUCCAAAGUAAGCCCCGGACAGGGUGCUGUGAUGGAAAAUUACCCUGUGACUAAGGAGAGAGGUCAGCAGCAUACAGCAAAGUUCCAGCUCUGAUCCACAAUCUUACACUGGAAAGAUGGCCAGAGCAUUCGGCUGAUCCGAGUGGGCCAGCGCUGGGAUGAACCGGUCCAGACGCCCUGCAGCGGGGGUUCCUGUAGCCUCGACCUGCGGAUGGAAGGCUCUGUUACUCCCUCAGCAGAACCGGCAGUCUUUAUACGUGUACGGCAGCGAGGUGGCCGUGGAGAAAGAAUGUAUCCGACAACUACAGUGCGGCGUGUGGGUCAUCCACCCCUUCAGUCAGAUCAGGAGUUAUUACAUUAUGUGUAUGAUGGCCAUCACAUUUCUCAACCUUAUUGGGAUCCCGAUGGAGAUAGCUUUUCUGGAUGGUCGCAGUGGUGUGGGCUGGGAAGGCUUUAACGUUUUUUCUGAUACACUGUUCCUGAUUGACGUGGCCCUGAAUUUUCGGAUGGGCAUCAUUUCUGAGGACAGUGAGGUCGCUAUUCUGGAUCUCAAACAGAUCCGACUGUGUUACCUCAGGACCUGGUUUAUACCCGAUGUGAUCGCAGCAUUCCCUAUUGGCUACAUCCUGCUCAUUGCUGACUUACAGUUUCAGAGUGAUCCGAACUCUUCUAAAGCCAGCAGAAUGAUGCGGAUCCUUAUGUUUGUCAGAAUCCUCAGUCUGGUCCGGCUCCUUCGAGUGUCCAGACUCGUUAGAUUCUUCAAUGAAGUGGAAAAAAUUUCAAAUGCAAACCUGGAUGUAGUUCGGCUAUUUUUCAGGGUACUGUCGUUGUUCAUGAUGAUAUUCCUGCUGUGCCACUGGAACGGUUGCAUCCAGUACUUCAUCCCCAUGCUGGAGGAGUUUCCCUCAGACUGCUGGAUCAGGAGAGAGAACCUAAUGAAUGCCACUGUAGGUGAGAAGUACUCCUUUGGCGUUUUUCGCGCUCUGUCACAAAUGAUUGCGUUAUCCUACGGGUCCACAGAAACACCGACCAAUGAGACAGAGAUGUGGAUCGUCAUGGUGAGCAUGGUGUCAGGAGCGCUGAUGUACACGGUCCUGGUUGCCAACACGGCUGCCAUCAUAACAGAAGGAGACCCUACAGCCCAAGCAUACAAGAGCAAGAUCAGUCACCUGGAACACUACAUGACCUUCAUGAAACUUCCAGCCGACCUUCAACUCCGCAUCAACAAGUACUACCAGACUCGCUUUGGGGGCAAAUGGUUUGACGAGCGGGACAUUCUCAACCUGGUAUCCUCCUCCUUGAAAGAGGAGAUUCUGACAAUCAUGUGUGCCCGGCUGGUGUACAAGGUACCCAUGUUCCAGAGCUUCAACGUCAACUUCAUCAACGCUCUCCUCGUCAAGCUCCAGCACGAGGUCUUCCAGGAGGGGGAUUUCAUCAUCCGGCAGAGCGCCCCUGGUGACCGCAUGUUCUUCAUUGAGCACGGCCAGGUGCUGGAGGAAACAGAGUCCUCCCAGAGGGAACUGUGUGAUGGAGACUACUUUGGAGAGACAUGUCUGCUGACCAAAGGGAAGCAUGUGUCCACAGUGCAAGCUCUGACCAUCUGCCAGGCUUUCUCUCUUGACGUGGACAGCUUUCAUUCCACCCUGGAUGGCUUCCCUGACGUGAAGACUGAACUGAAUAAGAUUGCCCUGCAACAGCAGGAGUCUGUUUGAUGCAACUACAGACUGAACUCUAUGUAUUACUGUAUAGAAGAGUAGCGCACAUAGAAACAACACUAAUGAACAUGUACAACAUUUAAAAGGUAUUUAUAUACUCAAAUGCUUCAUUCCAGUGGUUAUUUUGGCAAUAUUUAUAUAAUUACAUAUCAAGACUUGCCAUUUUCAAUCUUACAGUAUCAUUAAGCAAUAUCUUCGUGCAACUAUAAGCCAUAUCAAACCAUAGAUUAUCUCAGUGUGUUUGUGAGAAAAGUAAAUAAUCAGAAUGUAAAGUUUUUCUAAAAUGUUUAUUUUGAAGAAGUAGUUACAGUUGUCAAUAGCACAGUGGUACAGUAGAAAUAAAGAGAUGCCAUCCUUGUU